CUAGAUCAAAUAAUUAUGGACAUCGGGAUCAGUUCUGUCACCAAAUUGAACACAAAUAGCGUAACAAUUACUGAAUUAGACCCGAAAACCAUUGACGAAGAGCUGAACUCAAUCCUAAGUAAUAAAGAUAUCAAUAAAUACAUCGAUAAUAAGCUGCAAAUGUCGGUCGAGUUUGAGUUAUCGGUGAUACCAAUCGCCCGACCGGUCACUGAAUACAAGUCGGCUUUCAAUGCGACCGAAAUGCAAAUACUGUCCGAAUUGAUGACUACCGCCAAAGCCAUGCAAUUGACACCCAAUGAACAUCCCAUAGAGAUAACCAAUUACUGCGAGUUUGGCCACGCGAUUGACUUUAUAUUUGACACCCAUAUACGAGAAGUGACCAGGUGCAUUAAGAGACUAAGCACGUUCAGAAAUAUGUGCGAGCCCGAUCAAAUCGCGCUACUCAAACACGGCUGCAUUCAGGUGCUAUACUGGCGAUCGAUCAUUCGCUACGAUUACGCCCAACAGCUCUUGGUCGUGCCCACACCCACAGACUUAACGGUAUCGCUUAAAUUGGAUUUUCUUAAAUAUUGCGCUAAAAACUCUUACAGCGCUUACAAAGACUUUGUGCAAAACAUUGGUCUUAUUUGGGACUCGGAUUAUGUUAUAAUUAAUUUGAUGAUGUCUAUAAUUGUAUUUAACCCUGGUAACUUUGAUUUGGUAAACCGGGACGCUAUCAAACUCCAACAACACGUAUACAUGUAUUUACUUCAACGCUAUUUAAUACUAAAAUACGGGUCGGAAUGCUCUGCGAAGACACGAUUCCUACAACUGAUGAAUACAUUGAAUGAAUUGAAUGCCAUUAGAGAAGUGCAGAGGAAAGAGAUCAUCACUUUUAUAACCCAACGACAGCUAAUUGUAUCACCACUUCUUAGGGAGAUCUAUGAUCUUGAUGAAAUUGCAACCUAAAUUUAAUUGUUUUACGGUAUAUUGUUUUGUUGUA